UGACCCUCUCCCAGGGGGAAGCUCAAUAUCAUGCGCCCACUACAUGACAAUACACUAGGGGGUAUCAUCCGGAAGCAGUGCGCUCUGAUUGUAGCGACGAGGGCGGUAAAUCAUCAUUCGUGCCGGUGCCGCAGAAGUCGACGCCUUCUCCGUCGUCGAGUUGCAGACUAAGAAUCUGUGCUAGUGAUUGGGCCUUCGUGCCGACCUCUGAUCUGCGCGACUGACGAGGCUCGAUGCCUCGGUGUUCGCCGCUCCUGCUAUCUCUCUCGUUCUUCCUUUUGCUUACCCCAGGCUGGGCCCAAGAAUCGCUGACCCUCUGGCUCUUCGGCUCUGGACGUUUGCUGCCGGGGACGGCGACGCUCGCACCCAUUCCCAUCGGCACACGCUCAGAUGGAUCUGCCACAACCUAUCUAUACCAGGUUCUCAAUCCGAGCCAGGUCAAGACCACAGAUGCGGCGGGUGUCAUCGAAGUCGCCACAGUCGCUGCACCCACCUCCAGGACGAUCAUCGCGUCUGCGUCAGGCUGGACGGAGCCGUUUGCCACCGACAUCGCUGUGGUGUGCCAGCUGACGAGCUCCGCGGCGGGCGAAUGCAUCAACAUCUCCGGCACGUCAACCGUCGUCGCCAAUACCGGGGCACCGACACCAGUCGUUCUGCCCAUCGCCACUCAAUCGGUCGCCGCUUCCCCCACGACCAUUCCGGGGCUCUCCUCCAGCCCGUCUGCGUCCCCACCGCCGAACAAUCCAGAUCCAUCCCACACGGCCGUCGUUCCUAUCGUCGUCCCCGUCGUCGUCGUACUGGUGCUGGUGCUGGUGCUAUUCAUCUGCAUCUGGCUCCUGCGUCGGCGGCGGCGGCAGAAGGCAAUGGGACUGAGACGUGCUGAUCUAGAGGGCGGGAUCGAUCCGACUCCCUCGCUGUCGCAAAACACGAGAAGCCGGAUGGCGCAAGUGAAUCCAAUGGACUUGUACACUCCGCAUGCGCACACCGAGCUCACCGAGAGCGAGCACCACUGGCACAGCGGAUCGCACUCCCAGUAUACGAGUCCCACCGCCAGCUCCGGUAUCGCGGAGAGCACGCAGUCGAGUACGGCUGUGCCCGCCGUCCCGAUCCUCCAGAUCCCCUCUCCCGGUGUCAGUCGGCGGGCCACGGCUGGCGCUGACGACUCCGUUCGGGUGCUGGUCACUAGAACGCCGCGGAGCGGAGGUGCCGGUGGAUCCCGUCCUCUUCCUUUGCCCGAGGAGUCCCGCAGCGGGGCUGGUGUCUCGGAGAAGGAGCUGGAGCUGAGAGCCGAUAUCCAGCGGAGGAUGGAUGAGCAAAAUGGGCCUAGUUCAGAAACCUUGCCUCCUUAUGUGGAUUGAUUGACAUUCAGGCCUGCGUCAUUUACCCAUCUGUCGUACGUACUCGAGUAGCACACGACUGCAUAAGUAUAUAUAUCUAUAUGUGUGUUUGUCUCUAACCCUGGCACGCCUGGAUCACCGGCACGACGCCACCUGCCAGCUGCUGCAGCUGCGCAUCAAGCUCGCUUGGACCCUGGCUCCGUCCAUCUUUGGCCGCCAGCGCCGCGAGAGUCGACAUCAGACCAUCUACCGCGCUCGAGAUCGCCACGGCCUUGCUCUCCAGCGCAGCCAACUUCGCGGUGGACGACGCGAGACCCAGUGCCUCGUCUACGUCGAGGAUGAUGUCCUCAAAUGUGAGGGCGGAGGAGACUUUCUGCCGCAGGCUGGAUCCGAUGCGUCAGGAGCCCAGUGAAGCGCACAGAGUGCGGACAGACUUACGGGUCGACAGCGGGAAGGGAGACGGCCCGGAUCUGUGCGCUGACAUCCUGCACCUGGCGCAGGUCGUCUUGGAUUCCCCUGAGAUUGCAAGUCGGGGAGAUAGUAGUGGCGGUCGCUUUCGCUGCUUUGGCGGCUGUGGACGUUGGUCGACUGGACUGCGAUUUGCCCGUCUUGCUGGUGAUCACACCGGUUGAGGAGGUGCUCUUUGCUGCGGUGGUGAUAGAAGUCGUCUUGAAUCCAGGAUUUCUGUUCUGAGCAGGAUUGGACGACUGAGCUUU